AUGUGCAUGGACAGAGCGUACCUCUCGUACCGCACAUGCGACGUGUUCGAUAUACCAAUGCCGGAUAGACGCAAAUGGAAGACUGUAGGAUCUGACAUCAAGAGGAGUAUAGGAGACAAAGACUGCAGCAUAGCAUCCUUCGGGCGCUACGUUUCGAUGCGCGAUGGCGAGCCUCCCCUAAGCGCCUAUAUGAAGCAUAUGACAAUGUUAACAUGGUCGAACGUGAGCGGGAAGGUUCGAGUGCAUCCUAUGAAAUUCGAUGAUGUUGUCGCUGUUGAACCGGCCAUGGGGACUGAGGUAGAGAUGACUCCUGUUACCUUCAAAUCGCCAGAACUUCAGCUUGCGAUGGACGGCAACAUUAAGGAUUGCCGCUACGAUCCCUACUACAUUGUCUGA